AGCUGGACGAAGGAGCUGUGCCAGACAGACUCUGACGGUGACGGCAGGACAAACGGGGAAGAACUCGGCGACCCAGACUGUACUUGGACCAAGGGGAAAUCACCCAAGAAAUCCAGCGACUCGCACCCAGGGAUCUGCGAGCCGUUGAACAGCCCCAAGUGCCAGAAGAUCAACCACUGGUUGAACUGCGAGGCCGAAGCUGCAGACAUGAAGAUCGCUGCCUGUCCACACAUUCAGUCUCCUGGUGUGAUGAAUAUAUCACUGCGCAUGACGGAAACACCAGUGCCUCCUGCCGAGACGACCUACUUUUGUCAACUCUUCGACCUUGACCUGAAGAAAGACAUGCACAUGAUCGCCACGACGCCAUUGGUUGAAGCUACAGAGGUCGUACAUCACGUGUUACUCUUUGGCUGCACGCGCCAAGUUAGAAACAUAAAGAGCCUCCAGUCCCCCUACCCGUGUGAGAUGGUACCCCACAGUGAGUGCCGCUCUUUGAUAGGGGCGUGGACCAUGCGGAGUCCCGGGGAAUGUGCUCACCGUGACAUGGGCUUCAGGAUGGGACCCGGGGGAUACAUGACCGUCGCGCUACAGGUCCACUGGAACAACCCAGACAACAAAGCCAACCUCAUGGACAGGUCUGGCUUGAUGCUGUAUCUGACGGACAAGUUGAGGCCGUACGACGCGGGGAUGUUGGUGGUGGGGCAGGAUUAUGUCCAGGUGGACCCGGUCAAGGACGGGCAAGCUAACGACCUUGAGUUCUUGUCUUCCUGUCCAGGACGGUGCACCACGCACAUGUUCACUAAACCGAUUCAAAUCACGUCGGCUGUCAAUCACAUGCACUAUCUAGGCAAAUCUCAGCACAUUAAAGUCUAUAGAAACAACACAAAGGUGCAAGUGAUCACAGACCAAGAGGAAUAUUUAUAUGACGACCCCAAGAUAUACAACUUCCAUCAGCCAAUCAGAGUAGAGCCGGGAGAUGAGAUCAGGACGUCGUGCACCUACAAACGGACGCCAACAAAAGAGCCAGUCUGUUGGGGGGAGGCAACCUCUGAUGAAAUGUGCUUUGGUUUCAUCACAUAUUUCCCUGUCGAGAAACAUCUAAGUCACCCAUGGUGCACAUCCACCAAGUCUCUCUCUUCCUGUGAUCGACAACUUCCGGCUCUGCGAACAACAGAAAUCAACGGAUGUAAGUGGUGGGAGUUCCGGAACCUGACUCUCAGCAGUACACGGAACAUGUUCCGGCAAGUUCUACUGGAGUGCUACAAUAAUACAACACUCAAGUGUACCGAGACGUGCCGGGCUAAUGUGACGAAGGUCUUGUCGCACGAGUGUCUACAGGGCGACAUGAGGACGUAUAUGCUCAAAAAGUUCAAAGAACUGGAGACCCUGGACGAAGUCCGCCUAACUCUGGAAGCCCUAAUGACCUGUUCCUGCCAAGAGUUCGAAUACUGCGAGCGGAAGUCUACCACCAGACUUUACGGCCGCCUACAGGAGAAAUUUUGCAGCUCCGCCUCCUGCGAGAAUAGAAUAUCCUCAUUGGUUCUUGCCCUGUUAUUAACGUGUCUGUUGAUUUUAUAUUGAUUGUAGAUAGUGAUAGCAAGCCGCGGUGCUACUAGAAUAAUUAAAUUUACAAAAACAUUAUUAUGGGAGGUAAAUCUCUGGUAUUUUGAAUGGAGGUUCUGGACGCAGGGGGCAGCUACGUUGUGUUCAUUAGGGUCUUGACGUGAGAGAACUUCAGUUUUGUAGUUAAAGACAAUUAAUGCGAUGUUUUUGUAUAACAGCCAGUGCCUAAUGAAUUUUAUCCUGCUCAUUAAAAAUUGGCUAAUUAAAACUGUUUAUAUUGUGUAAAACGCAUAGUGUUGAAUCUAUUUAUAAACUGGCUCACUCAAUCGGAUUAUAUUGUGUAAACACAUAGCGUUGAAUCUAGUUAUAAACUGGCUGACAAAAUACACUAUUGCGCAAUUUUUUUUACACAUUGUGUUGUCGAUAAGCACGAACACAUGUGAUGUCCCUAUAGACAACCGUAUUAAGCCAGAUCAAUUUAUUUCAUUUAAGACCAGAUUCAUGCAUUACACGUAAGCCUCGAUCAAUAUAGUUUCAUGUACACCAAACGAGCAGGCAUAUAUCACAUUAGGAAGGUAUAUACGACUGUAUACACAUGUUUGCUAUGCAUAUAACAGAUUGACUCCGGUUAUAAUCUUUAAUGUUGGUGACUAUAUCGCUAAUCACAGGGUACAUUCACAUUUACAAAUAUGUAAACAAUUGAACACAAAUAGGAAACUAGUAAAAUUAUGCCUUUUUAUGACAUGACCUAAUACUCAACAAAAUUACCAAAGAUGUAUUAAAUGACCUCUAACCCAUAUUUAUUUCGUCUCAUUUUUUUUCUACUUCGUUUUUUAGCGUCACUUUAUACUCCAUUUUAUCAAAAUUAUAAAUUUUAUAUUUCGAUUUUUAAAAUUAACCAUUUCAUUAAAGCCACUAUUUAUAAUCCAACUGUAUCUAAAUCAUUUACAACUUGAAUGAAAUAUCAUCUAACACUUGUGUUAAGCGUUACAUGGAUAUUUGUUUUAGUCAUUAAGAAAACAAAUAUGCAAUUUAAUGCGGCGUGCAGAAUGUCGAAUACAACUAUGCAUCUUCGCUGUAAGCUCGUAUAUCAAAUAUAUCAAUUUAAAUGUCUUGUUUUGCCGUCUAAAUUAAUAUUAUAAAUGUCAUUGAUAUAUUUGUAUAGUUGUAUUAAGUAAAUCUACAUCAUAUACUUAUAAUUAGUACAACAUAUAUAUACAUGUAUAUAAGUGCACACACAUAUAUAUGUAUAUGUGUGUGUAUGUGUAUGUGCAUAAGUGUAAGUUUGUGUAAAUUUAAAACCAAUUGGUGUGUGAAUGUGUGAUGUAUGAUGUAAACUGAAUGUCACCGAUGAUACAGACUCUAGUAAAUUGCAAACGAUGAUUUAUUGCCCUCAGAUAUAGGUUAUGGAAUAAGUUAUAGAAUAACACGGAAAUACAAACAUAAAUAUUUAACUACUGUACUCUCUGUGAGGACCUAUCUACCGUGUCUGAGUAAUGAAUCGUGUGUAAUAUACAUGGGUACAAUAUUUUCAGUAAUUUCUGUAUAGAGUGUGUAAUAUACAUGGGUACAGUAUUUUCAGUAAUUUCUGUAUUGAGUGUGUAAUAUACAUGGGUACAAUAUUUUCAGUAAUUUCUGUAUUGAGUGUGUAAUAUA